AUGGCGGUCAAGUGCCUGCUGCUGCUGAUGUUGGGGCUUGCCAUCCUCAGGGAGGUAGCAGCUCGCAAAAACCCCAAAGCCCCAGGGGCUCUGGUCCCUCAGAAGGCUGGGAAUUGCCCCCCUCUGGAGGAUAACAGUGUGAGAGUUGACAUUCGCAUCUUCAGUCAAAACCAGGGCAUUUAUGUCUCACAGGACUUCCAAAACCGCUCCAGCUCCCCGUGGGAUUACAACAUCACCCGAGACCCCCACCGGUUCCCCUCAGAGAUUGCUGAGGCUCAGUGCAGAUAUUCAGGCUGCAUCAAUGCACAGGGACAGGAAGACAGCUCCAUGAACUCCGUUGCCAUCCAGCAAGAAAUCCUGGUCCUCAGGAGGGAGCCCCAGGGCUGUUCUAAUUCCUUCAGGCUGGAGAAGAUGCGGGUGAAAGUUGGCUGCACCUGUGUGGCUCCCAUCGUCCACCGCGCAGCCUGACAAAGCUACGCAUCAGACUCAGUUGAAGAAACUGAGUGAAUGCCUCUCUUUAUCCAGUGCUCUGCAAAAAGCCUGAUGGCCAAGUCUCUCUGCCUCCUAGGAUUCUUAGUAAGAUGUUCCUGGCAUUCUUGAAGCUCUGUAUUAGCUAUAGUGUUAACUUUCUGGCAUGCUUUAGAAUUGUGACUAGUCCUGAUAUGUUCCAAUGCCUUAACCUUCUGAAACUGAAGGAGAAUUACAGCACCCUUGGCCCAACCUCUUUAUGUUACAUGAUGACCGUAUUUUUUUUGUAUCAAUACUGUCACUUUCAUACAGUAUCGUUCUUGUAGAGUUCAAUGAUGGAAAGGAAGAAAACACAUUCAGAAUGUUUGGGAGGAGGCUGUGUGGGAUGGGCUGGAUCAGCAAAAAUGGGGCAGGGAUCUGCUAUAUGUGUCCAUUGAAAGUUUGCUACACAUAAAGGAGGGUGGCAUAAACUAUUAUGUAUUUAUAU